GGCAAAGAACGCCAAAAAUACCGGGACAAGUUGAGGACAAUUAGGUUAAGAGGGGAUGAGAAGGAGGGAUUAAUUGGAUUACUGGAGUAUGAUGGUUGUUGUUUUCUUAAGUUGAGAGAAAUUUGGACGAUCAAUUAAAUUUUACUGACUUAAUUUUAACUGUUGUUUUAACUGGUUGGUUAAUAAGUAUUAUCAUAAGGGUGGGAAGAAUUCAAGUUUGGGGGAAUUACGAACUAAUUAUUUAGUUUGGGUACAGCUUAACGGUGAUAAGUGUGAAUAAAUAAAUCCAAAAUGCCGUUGGAGGAGGAAGGAGGGGGUGGAGAGGAGUUGGGAAAUAAUGGGGAGAAUUCGAGCUCAUCAUCCGAUACUGGGACCAGCUCGUCAAACUCGAAAGAAAAGUUGGAAGAUUUUCAGACAAAACUGGAACGGGACAAUUCGAAACGUUUUGAGUAUCUUCUUAAGCAGACAGAAAUCUUUGCACAUUUUAUGUCCGGAGGGGCUCGUGACAAGUCACCCACGAGUCCGUUGAAAAUCAAGCCAACCAAAGAAGAACGACAUCGGAAAAAGUUGGAGAAUCGCCGCAUGUCGGAGGCUGGAGAUCAUCGUCACCGAAUGACGGAACAAGAGGAGGACGAAGAGCUGAUGACUGAUGCCAACGCUGCAUUAAAAACCAUUAUAAGUUUUGAUGUAUCUCCACCGUACAUCAAAGGAGGAGAAAUGCGAGAUUAUCAAGUUCGAGGAUUAAAUUGGAUGAUUUCACUGUACGAAAAUGGCAUCAAUGGAAUAUUAGCAGACGAAAUGGGUCUGGGCAAGACUUUGCAAACCAUCUCAUUACUGGGAUACAUGAAGCAUUAUCGGAGUAUAAUGGGUCCUCAUUUGGUAAUUGUACCAAAGUCCACACUUGCUAAUUGGAUGAAUGAAUUUAAAAAGUGGUGUCCAUCUCUACGAGCAGUAUGUUUAAUUGGAGAUCAAGAAAGUCGAGCCACAUUUAUUCGAGAUAUCUUGAUGCCAGGCGAAUGGGAUGUGUGUGUGACAUCCUAUGAAAUGGUGAUCAAGGAGAAAGCUGUUUUCAAAAAGUUCCAGUGGAAGUAUUUAAUAAUUGACGAAGCCCAUCGAAUCAAGAAUGAAAAAUCCAAACUUUCCGAAUAUGUGAGGGAGUUCAAAUCUGGAAAUCGGCUUCUACUAACUGGAACUCCUCUUCAAAAUAACUUGCACGAACUCUGGGCAUUACUUAACUUUCUCCUCCCUGAUGUAUUCAACUCUUCCGAGGAUUUUGAUGAAUGGUUCAAUACCAACGUCUGCUUAGGCGACAAUGCCCUUAUUGAACGGCUUCACUCCGUACUUCGUCCGUUCUUGCUUAGGCGAUUGAAAUCAGAAGUGGAAAAACGUCUCCCACCUAAAAAGGAGUUGAAAGUGUAUGUUGGUCUCAGCAAAAUGCAACGUGAAUGGUAUACAAAAGUACUUAUGAAGGACAUUGACAUUGUCAAUGGGGCUGGAAAAGUUGAGAAAAUGCGGCUUCAAAACAUUCUUAUGCAGCUACGAAAGUGUUGCAACCACCCCUACUUAUUUGACGGUGCCGAGCCUGGCCCACCAUACACAACUGACAUGCAUUUGGUCACAAAUUGUGGAAAAAUGGUUAUAUUGGAUAAAUUGCUCCCCAAACUCCAAGAUCAAGAUUCUCGUGUCCUGAUUUUUAGUCAGAUGACAAGAAUGUUGGACAUCCUUGAGGAUUAUGCUAUUUGGAAGAAUUGGCAGUACUGUCGCUUGGAUGGUCAAACUCCACAUGAAGAUCGCCAGACUCAAAUCACAGAAUACAAUUCUCCCGGAAGUAAGAAGUUCUUGUUCAUGUUGUCCACAAGAGCUGGUGGUUUGGGGAUUAACUUGGCCACUGCUGACGUUGUAAUCAUCCUUGACUCUGAUUGGAACCCCCAAUGCGACUUGCAAGCAAUGGACCGUGCUCAUCGAAUUGGACAAACCAAACAAGUUCGUGUGUUUCGCUUCAUUACUGAGAACACAAUUGAAGAGAAAAUUGUGGAAAGAGCCGAGGUUAAGUUAAGAUUGGACAAAUUAGUUAUCCAACAAGGACGAUUGGUGGACAGCAAAACAAACCAAUUGAACAAGGAUGAAAUGCUAAAUAUUAUCCGAUUUGGGGCAGACCACGUUUUUGCGUCAAAGGAUUCAGAAAUCACAGAUGAAGAUAUUGAUGCCAUUUUGUCAAAAAGCGAGGUGAAAACAAAGCAACUCGACCAGAAACUUGGAGCCCUUGGUGAAUCAUCGCUAAGAAACUUUACAAUGGAUGCGCCGACAGAAUCUGUUUACAAAUUUGAAGGAGAAGACUAUCGUGAAAAACAAAAAACAUUCCUUGGCCACUGGAUUGAACCACCAAAAAGAGAGCGUAAAGCAAACUAUGCGGUUGAUGCAUAUUUCCGUGAAGCACUUCGAGUCUCUGAACCUAAAGCGCCGAAAGCACCAAGACCACCAAAAUUACCAAUUGUUCAAGACUUUCAGUUUUUCCCUCCUCGACUUUUUGAACUCUUAGAUCAAGAAAUUUACUACUAUAGGAAAACGGUGGGUUAUAAAGUUCCAAGAAAUCCGGAGCUUGGUGCCGAUGCUCCAAAAAUUCAACGAGAGGAGCAAAAAAAGAUUGAUGAAGCUUCUCCACUAUCUGAUGAGGAACAAACUGAAAGAGAUAGUCUUUUAAACAAGGGAUUCACAAGUUGGACAAAGAGAGACUUUAAUCAAUUCAUCAAAGCCAACGAAAAGUAUGGAAGGGACGACAUUGAGAACAUUGCCAAGGAAGUGGAAGGUAAAAGUCCUGAAGAAGUUAUCGAGUAUAGCGCAGUCUUUUGGGAACGAUGUCAUGAACUUCAGGACAUUGAUCGAAUAAUGGCACAAAUUGAUCGAGGCGAGGCUAAGAUUCAACGACGAGCAAGUAUUAAGAAAGCAUUGGAUGCCAAGAUGACUAGAUAUCGGGCCCCAUUCCAUCAGCUCCGAAUUGCAUACGGUACCAAUAAGGGGAAAAAUUACACUGAGGAAGAAGAUCGUUUCUUAGUUUGUAUGCUUCACAAACUUGGCUUUGACAAGGAAAACGUGUAUGAUGAGUUACGAAUCGCGGUUCGAGCUGCACCACAGUUCCGUUUUGAUUGGUUUAUCAAAUCGAGAACAGCGAUGGAACUUCAACGCCGAUGUAAUACACUGAUCACCUUAAUUGAGCGAGAAAAUCAGGAGUUAGAAGAGAAAGAGAAACUGGACAAGAAAAAGCAGAAGAAUAGCAACAAACCCACACCAUCUCAACCCAGUAAAGUGGGGGAUGCGAAAGGAAAGCGAAAGAGUGAGUUGUCAACUCCUGACCAAAAAUCCUCUGCAAAAAAGAAGAAGAAGACGGAGUAGAAAUAUCAUUCUUGUUUAUCAAUUGACCUAAAAUCUUACAGCUCUUAAUUCUUUUUGUAUGACAUUGACUAGACUUUCGAGAAGUUUCAUUGUUUUUAGCCAUGCGUAAAUAACUUGUUCAGACAAGUACGAAAUCUCAUGUGAAAAUUAUUAUUAGAAUAGACAGAAUAUUACAUUGACCGAUUUUCUUGUUAGUGAUUAAAUAUAAGAUCCACUAUUAUGAUCCAUUCACCAUUGUUAUUAUGUAUUUAACGUUUUUACCAAUAUUUUAUUUGAAAUUGCUUCUAUAACUUGACAUUAAAUCACGUGGUAUUUAAUUUAUCAUGUCUAUAUGAUUUUAUUUAUGACUCAGUGCAAGGCACAUUGUAUGUAAUAAUAUACUAAAUUGUGUUAUCAACGAAAUUAAAGUUUGACUGGUUAACUAAA